GAAGCUCUAGUUCUCGUUCUCACGCUCUUCCCGUUCGUUACGCUACGUUUCUGCCUUCUUUGUUGGUUUUGCGCUCGUUCGUGUCGCUUCUAGCAGCGAGAGAGAGAGAGAGAGAGAGAGAGAGAGAGAGAAGUUAGCAUAUCGCACUACAAGAGAGAAGGCAAAUUGUAACGAAGCAAAUGGCUUACAAAAAGUGGCAGUCGACUCCGCUGCCGCUCGCGUCGCUGAAUCACAUAUCUCGAAACUGCAGCAAUGUCCAGGAGUCGAUGGAUUUCUAUGUCAACGUGCUGGGCUUCAUCCCCGUCAAGCGCCCUGGAGCAUUGAAUUUCGAAGGAGCAUGGCUGUAUAAUUACGGCAUCGGAAUUCAUCUUCUGCAGAGAGAGCCCGGCAUCACUUACACCACCAACAAGUCGGACCAGAUCAACACCCGAGCUGAUCACAUCUCCUUCCAGUGCGAGGAUAUCGAUCUGGUGGAGAAGAAACUGGUAGAAGCCGGAUCCGCAUUUGUGAGAAGAGUCGUCGAGGAAGCUGGCAUCGAAGUGGAGCAGAUAUUCUUUCACGACCCGGAUGGCUUCAUGAUCGAAGUGUGCACUUGCGAGAAGCUGCCGCUGGAGCCUCUAAUAGGAGGAAACAUGACCAACAUCCGCAGCUGCCUUAUGCCGUACAUGAGAACCUCGGCCAUUACCACCAUUGAAAAGUUCUAGCUCGGAAGAUUCUGCCGGUGAAGCGGGCUCCUCUCUGAGGUCCAAAAAAUGAACAGUUCAGUUGAAAUAGAAAUCGUUGCUUAGCUCGGAAAUCAGAUAGGAAUGGGCUACCGGACACGCAGUCGGCGCACUGCAGACGAAUCUUGUACGAAAGAGACGUAUAAAAAAUGUAUUGAAAGGAACGAAAUACCUCUA